AUGGAUGAGAGACAAAUUAUAUGUUAUUGUCGAUUUGAUGGGAAAAUUGACAAAAAUGAGAAUGGGGAAAUUAUAUACAUCGGCGGUGUCACAGACCCUUUUAUGAUAACAACAACAACAACAUACGAAUCAUUUAUAAAUGAGUUACAACAACGUUCAUCUUCAAACAUGAGUGGUAAAGUCAUAUAUUAUACCACCGAAUCUAACAAGAAUGAACUUUUGAGGAUGACGGGAGAAUCUGGAUUUAGAGUGAUGCUUCUAGUGAGUGGUCCCAUGCUAAAUGUGUAUAUGGAAGAUGCAGAGCCUGUAAUUGCAUCAUGCACAAUUCCUACUGAUCAUAGUGAGAGACAAUUUGUUGAAGCCACAUCGCCAAUUGGUCUUCUACAAAGUGUUGCGUCAACGUCUUCAUUUCCUCCGAUAAAUGCGCAUCGGGAUUCUUUCCGACACAUUGAUGACAUUCUUUGCGUGGAUCAGCUUUUUGACAGCCCAAAUGAUUUCAAAGAUGCACUCGUUUUGUUUGGUCUUCGUAAUCAUUUUCGGUUCAAGUACUUGGACAAUAGUAGAAAAUAUUAUAGAGUUGUGUGCGAGGUUAAUAAUUGUCCAUGGAAAUUAUCAGCUGGUUGUGAAGGAAGUGGUGAUAUAGUGAGAAUCAAGCGGUUUAAUAAUGUUCACACUCACACUGCUCAAGACAUUUCAGAUUAUAAAGCCAUUUUUUGGUCGAAGGAAAUGGGUCGAGCUAUUGUGAACAAGGUUAGGGACAAUCCUAAAUGCACCCCCAAGACUAUUUCCACAGACAUAAACGGUGAAUUUUCUGCUAAAAUGACUUACAUGCAAUCGUGGAGAGCUAAGGAGUGUGCACGUCAUAUCAUUGAGGGAAAUCCCAAGGAUAGCUAUAUUUUAGUCCCGUGGUUGUGUGAACGAAUAGCAGAAUAUAUUCCUGGGACAAUUACAUCGUGGGAGUGCACGGAUGAUAGGAGAUUUAAGCGAGUGUUUGUAGCUUAUGGGUGCUCCAUACGAGGUUUCAUCAACUAUUGCAGGCCCAUGUUAGCAAUCGAUGCUUGCCACUUGAGUGGCAAUUAUAAAGGAACAAUGCUUGGUGCAACGGGGUUCGAUGCGAAUGAUGGCUUGUGGCCUUUGGCGUAUGCUGUUGUUUCUUCUGAGAAUGAUGAUGAUUGGCAUUGGUUCUUGAGCAAGGUGAAAGAGAUUCUAGAUGGUCGCAUUGUGACAAUCUUAACCGACAGGCAUCCGAGCCUAAUAAGUUGUAUUAGAGAUAUUUUUGGCUCCCAGUACCACUCAUGGUGUCUUCGUCACCUAACGGCGAAUUUUUCUACAUCCAUUCUUGGGAGACAAAGUUUAGGAUUGAGGGCUUCGGGUAAAGAGCAUGCGAAAAAAUUACUCGAUAAAAUUGCAUAUGCUCGAACUGUAGAUGAGUAUAAGAAUGCAUUGGCUGCCAUGCGGGUAUUUCGAGGGGAGUUAUGCGAUUGGGUUUUGGCGAAUUCACCUGAACAUUGGUCAAAUGCUAUGUUUACUUCCAAGCGUUGGGAUAAAUUAUACACCAAUCAAGCAGAGUCCUUCAAUGCAUGGGUGAAAGAAGAGAGGGUUUUUUCAAUCACAAGGUUGAUGGAUACACACAUGCAAAGACUCAGCAAAUUUUUAUACCAAAAGAGUUUGGACGUUCAGAAGUGGACUAUCCCGGUUGGGGAUCGUAUUGAGGAGAAAAUAAAAAAAGAGCAAGAGUUAGCUCUUGGUUUUCAGUCGAUGCGUGUUUCGCCUACUGAGUGUACAAUAUAUGAUCGAGACAGAAAACCAUUCAGGGUGGUAUUUGGCAGUGAAAAUUCUUGUAGUUGUUUGAAGUGGACCAUGAGUGGGAUUCCUUGUUCGCAUGCAUGCUAUGCCAUCCAUGAAUUAUCUUUAAAUAUUUAUGAGAUGGUUGAUCCAUGGUUUAGGGUUGAAACACAACAAAAACUAUGUGAACAUCUCAUGUCUUCUGUCCCCAUGCAUGAUAUGCCGAAUGCAGCUGCUGUUGCUGCUGCUGACGGUGAAGGUGCUUCCCAUCUUAGGCCUCCUGCGGUAACACGUCCCCCUGGACGACCUCGUAUUAAACGAAUCGAAUCACAAUUUCAAAAUGUAAGGUCGUUACACUGUUCGCGAUGCGGCGAGAAUGGUCAUAAUGGUCGAAAGUGCAAGGCUCCUAUACCUGGAUAG